CUUCUGGGUGAGCUAGCCGUGUGUUCAUUUUCCCCACCGUCCCCAACCACGAGUGAGAGCGGAGAGUUGAAGGCCGGUCGCCGUGUUGUGCCGGCCGAAUGGUGAGCAUUGCGCACCGGGGCGCACGCUGGACAGCUGCCCGCCCACACGGCGGCGGCGCACGUCCAGACGCGGCCACGGCAUGGCCAGCGGGUCGCCUCGGCCCGCACGGGCGCCGGUGGCCGGAGCGCCGCGGCGGAGACGGCAGCCGCGCCGCGCGCACGACGAGCCCGAGAGGAAGCGUAACGCUGCCCGGCUUGCGCGCGCGCGCGCUAGAAGGCCAUGCGAGCCCGCCCAGUUCGUGGCCUCUCUGCCUGCUGCGGUCUUGCGCCAAGCGCGCCCGAGCUCGCUCGCUCUUGUUCGUGGGGCGUCCGCAGGUAAACGAAAAGGCCGUACAGCCCGGAUCCACUCCACGGGCUGAAUGGCGCGGCUCUCUCUCUCUCUCUCUUAGGAAGUUCUGGGCCGACGACGACGGCUGGGAGCUGGCCCAGAGCCCCCCUCGAUAGAAAAAUCCCCAACCCUCCUCGUGCUCUCCCGUGCAACCGCAACAGACAAGGCACGCCGCGUAAGCUUUCCCCGCUGCAAAAGCUCACGGCGCCGCAUAAACAACUGAGCUCGCAGGCAAAAAAGAAAGCGCGUGCGUACCCCGGGCGUCGACAGCGAGGCCGCCGACCUCCCCGGGGGGAAAUAUCCCGGUCGACCACGGCCACUGUAGGCGCAUCGCGUCACGAGGGCGCGCCACGCGGCCAGCCAAUUUGGCGCGCUUUCCGCGCGGAGGCGGCGGUCAAUGGCCGCCCGGUCCCGCCCGGCUGGCGCAAAGCGACGCCGGCAGCCUGCAAUAAGAUAAGCGGCUACUUGUUCGAGCCUUCCAGAACCAUCGCCCCGCUCCGGGCCUUCCAGAACUCUCCCCGGCCACGUCACACAGGAUAAGCCAGCCCCGGGGAUGGUUCCAAUCCUUCCAGAACCGUCUCGAUCUUUCGGAAUUGGAAGCCCCGGCGGGUUGGUACGUGGGCUGUAUAAAUGGGCGGUGACCGUGCGCCUCUUCUGACGAGCUCGCUCAAGCGCCUCAAGUACGAAGCGUGAAGGGAUAGUACUGUACUUUCCUCUCCCUUCUUCUCCGUCCCCGGUCUGGUCUGCUGCUUCCGGGCGUCAAUGGGGAGCUCUGCCAUUUUAGGAGGAGCUGAGAUCCCCUGAAUUGGUCAACCACAGCAUUAAACUUUCGGGUUUGGUUCUUUGGAGUCUGGAGGAGGGCGACAUUUUCUCUAGCGAAGAUCGCCUUCUGUUAAUUUGGCCGGUUCUUGAUUCUUUCUGGACCUCGUUUUCCUUGGUCCGAUCGAUCACCGGUGCUCAGUAAUCCCCUCUGUCCAAUUUUUCUCUAGAGUUUGUUUGGUCGUUUGAUCAUGGACCCCUUUCACGGCAUUGUGAAAGAGGAGGAAUUUGACUUCGCCGGAGGUGCUGCUGAUGGAUACUCGCCGUCUUCGUGGGGCUCAUCCCCGUCUUCCUGGGGCUCUUCCCCAUCUUCGUGGGCCGGCGGCGGCGCCUUGGCGGAGCUGCCGCGGCCGAUGGACGGCCUCGGCGAGGCCUGCCCUACCCCGUUCCUGAACAAGACGUACGAGGUGGUGGACGACCACAGCACGGACACCAUCGUGUCAUGGGGCGUCGCCGGGAACACCUUCGUGGUGUGGGACGCCCACGCCUUCUCCAUGGUGCUCCUCCCCCGCUACUUCAAGCACAGCAACUUCUCCAGCUUCGUCCGCCAGCUCAACACCUAUGGGUUCAGGAAGGUUGAUCCGGACAGGUGGGAGUUCGCGGCGGAGGGGUUCCUGCGGGGGCAGAAGGAGCUGCUGAAGACGAUCAGGCGGCGCCGGCCUCAGUCGUCGCCGGCGGGCACGCCGGCGCUGCUGCAGCAGGGGCAACAGCAGGGUGCGUGCCUGGAGGUGGGGCAUUUCGGGCCCGAGGGCAAGGUGCAGCGGCUGCAGCGCGACAAGGGCACCCUGAUCGCGGAGGUGGUGAAGCUGCGGCAGGAGCAGCAGGCGACGCGCGCGCAGAUGCAGGAGAUGGAGGCGCGCCUGGCCGCCACGGAGCAGAAGCAGCAGCAGAUGACGGUGUUCCUGGCGCGCGCCAUGAAGAGCCCCAGCUUCCUGCAGAUGCUGGUGGAGCGGCAGGACCAGAGCCGGCGGAAGGAGCUCGCGGAGGCGCUCCUCUCCAAGAAGCGCGGCCGCCCCAUCGAGUACCUCCUCCCCCGCAACGGCGAGAGCAGCUACGGCGCCCCGGCGCGAGGCUACGGCCCCGGGCUCGCCGACGGCGGCGAGGGCAGGCGCGCGGACGGCGAGGACACGGAGAGCUUCUGGAAGGAGCUGCUGAGCCUGGGCCUGGAGGAGAGGCAUCGGGAGGCAGGCGGGGGCGGGGGAGGGGAGGCGAGCGGCGCCGAGGUGGACGACGACGUGGACGAUGAGGUGGACGAGCUGGUGCAGAGCCUCUACCACCUCAGGCCCAACCGGCCCCGCAGCUACCAGUGAAGGAACAACGGAAGGUUCUAGAGCGAGAAAUAUCUGCUGCCGCUCGGAGAACAACGCGGGGCCGCAGCCUGACAGCCCCAGCCAGCAGUGAGCGAAAGAAGAUGAAGGUUCUAGAACAAGAAGUUUCCGCUGGAGAACGUCGAACGCCGUGGGGUAGACCGUAGGCGUAGUGGUAGCGGUAGCGGUGGUGCUCCAUGCUCCCAUGGGCGUGGGCGUUGGGGGUUGGUCUGCUUUGCUCAUUUUCUAUUGCUAGUUGUAGUAGUACCUGACAUGUUGUCGGGGCCCCGCGGCCUGCAUGCGCAAGUUGCCCGAAACAGAAAGGGGCCAGCGCCUUUUGGCCUGGCGUGCUGGAAUAAUGCUCCGAGGCUUUGCCGGAUUAAGUACUCCAAGUUGGACGUAGAUCCAUCGACCCACGAGGCAAAGGCAAAGCCAAAGCGAGUGCUAGAAGAUUGCAGCAGAAGUUACACGAAGCUAGUGGAGCUCGCUCGGCGUUUUCAUGGUCGUGCGGGAAGAAAGUCUGGAAUGAAAAGGAAAGGCUAGCUCGUCAUCCUCA